CCCCCAUCAAUGAAACCCACCACGCUUCAGGUCCUGUGACUGACCCAGAAUUCAACUCAACUUCUUCUCUUCCCUCUCCAUUUGAUCCCAACUUCUCCUCUUGCGUGUCCAUCAUUUUACCGGAUUUUGCUUUCAAAUAAGCUUUCUUUUCUGUUCCCCAGCCCAUAUUUCCACAGGUUAACAGUGCGUAAAGCCGAAUCAAUGAAACCACGUACACCCAGACCAAAUAUGCCGGCAAAUACACAAGCUCCCUGGGACGUGCUAUAGCACCAGGAACAAUCUUCAACAACCUCACUCCAUAGAUCCAGAUCGCCAAACACCCAGCAUAUAAUCGAAACUCCUCCCUGUCAAUCCACUUGCCCACCCCCAUCCAAAGCAGCGUGAACAGCGAGACAUCAUGCAGCAACGACGACUUCCAAAAUGAAUACACGAACGUCGUAUACAUGGACCAAGGAAAUCUCCACCACCGCGUCUUCAGCGUCGUCAGCUCUUUGAAAUUCGACCGCCACGUCGUGCGCUGCCAGCGCAGAAUCUGCUCUCCAUAUCUCGGCCAUUCACCCAGUUCGGUUGCCAUGACACUAUCCGGACCCCCUUGAAUCUUGAUCCUCUUCCCUUUCGACGCAAUAUACCGCGUGACAAACUUAUCGUCGUCGACAUUCAGCGGACCCCUCCUUUUCCCGAACCCGAAGUAUUCGAUGUGGUAUUCGUUGAGGAACGCAUGCAAGAACUCACUCGUGUUGAAGGAGUUUGUGCGAAACAUGCCGAAUCGCCCCUCAAGACAUCCGAUCCCUCCAUCCACGCAAUCAGAAGCGCAGAACUCCCGCGCUCGUGUGGUGAGGUAAGCGAUGCCGAUGAAAUUCCAGAACCCCCGGAAAGAGAUGGGAUGUCCAUGGUGGCGCGCUCUCAGUAUCGAGCCCACGGCAACGACUUUUUCCUCCUGCUCAAACGGCGCUAGCAGAGAUGGUAAGAACCGCGGAUUCUGCGGCCAGUAUGAGUGGUCGUCUUGUUUGACGAAGAAUUUGGUUUGGACUUUGGGGAUUACGGUUGCGGCUUGUUGGCGUACGUUUGCGCGGGGGCCUAGGUACAGAUGGACUUGAACUCGUGGGUUCGGGAAUAAUGUUUUGAAUUGUGUGAUUUGGGAGCGUGGCUUGUGGCCGCCGGCUGCGAUCAUUAUACUGUGGAUGUCGUGCCAGAGGAUCGAGCGGACUGCGUUGUGGAUACCUGUGUGCAUUAGGUCCGUGGUUACGAUUAUUACAGUGACGUCUUUUGUUUUGAAGACAGGUGCGAGGGGUAUAGGGACGGGUUUGUAGAAGAUGUGGGCUGCGGCGGCGUUUACGAUUGUGCGAACGUAGCGGAAGAGAAAAAGGGAGAUGAACAAGGUCACCUCGAGGACCCUGCUCACGGCCUCGUUCAUGGUGGCACUGGAAAGUUGAGAAGUCAAUAUUUGUAACGAAGACCAGAGCCUCCUGAUAUGACAAGUGUUGCGUGCUCGACAGCCAAGCUGUUUGCUGUGUUUUCCUGCUUUUCGGCAUCAGCUUCAGGAAAUGAGUUGCUAU